CCCUCCCCCUCCCCACGUCAGGGGCGGAGGAUGCCCCGGGCUCCCCGCGUGUGGCCGGGCGAGGCACGUUCUCCCCCGUGACGUCAGCGCGCAGCGUCACGCCGGGGGGACGCACAAAAGUGCCGUAGGACUCUCGCCUCCUUUCGCUUCAGCAGGCCCCGACAUUGGUUUCGAGGCACUGGUAACAUGGCAAAAGAUGCUGGACUCAUUGAAGCCAAUGGAGAACUUAAGGUGUUUAUAGACCAAAAUCUUAGUCCUGGAAAAGGGGUUGUUUCAUUAGUGGCUGUUCAUCCUUCUACAGUAAAUACGCUUGGGAAACAGCUCCUGCCAAAAACAUUUGGACAGUCUAAUGUCAACAUUGCACAACAAGUGGUUAUUGGUACACCUCAGAGACCGUCAGCGCCAAAUACUAUCCUGGUAGGAAGUCCACAUACACCCAACACACAUUUUGUAUCACAGAACCAGACUGCAGACUCUUCGCCUUGGUCUGCCGGGAAACGCAACAAAAAAGGAGAGAAGAAUGGCAAGGGUUUACGACAUUUCUCAAUGAAGGUUUGUGAGAAGGUACAGAGAAAAGGAACCACCUCAUACAAUGAGGUGGCAGACGAGUUGGUCGCAGAGUUCAGUACCACUGAUAAUCAUAUUUCACCAAAUGAAUCACAGGCUUAUGACCAGAAGAAUAUUAGACGACGUGUCUAUGAUGCCUUAAAUGUCCUUAUGGCCAUGAAUAUUAUCUCAAAGGAGAAGAAGGAAAUCAAAUGGAUUGGUCUACCUACUAACUCAGCUCAGGAAUGUCAGAAUUUAGAGGUGGAGAAACAGAGAAGACUUGAAAGAAUAAAGCUAAAACAGUCUCAGCUACAAGAACUUAUUCUACAGCAAAUUGCCUUCAAGAACCUAGUUCAACGAAAUCGUCAAGCAGAGCAGCAAGCAAGUCGACCACCACCUUCCAAUUCUGUCAUCCAUCUGCCAUUUAUCAUUGUGAACACCAGCAAAAAGACUGUGAUUGACUGCAGUAUUUCUAAUGACAAGUUUGAAUACCUAUUUAAUUUUGACAAUACUUUUGAAAUUCAUGAUGAUAUAGAGGUAUUAAAACGAAUGGGAAUGGCUUGUGGGUUAGAAUCUGGAAGCUGUUCAGCAGAAGACCUAAAAAUUGCAAAGAGUUUGGUUCCUAAAGCUCUGGAACCAUAUGUGACAGAAAUGGCUCAGGGAUCCAUCAGCAGUGUAUAUGUCACAUCUUCAUCAGGCUCCGCUUCAAAUGGCACAAGAUUUUCUGCUAGUGACUUUUCCAACGGAGGAGAUGGGAUGUUAGCUACAAGUUCCAAUGGAUCACAGUACAGUGGCUCCAGAGUUGAAACGCCUGUCUCUUAUGUUGGAGAUGAUGACGAUGAUGAUGACGACUUUAAUGAAAAUGACGAUGAUGACUGAUCCCCUUUGCUUGUAGACUUUAUUUUUUGUUAAAAUUCAGCAAGCUUCAGGAAAUAAAUUGUUCUAGGGAGAGAACACUCAAAUUAUUUUGCCCCAUCCCUCAAGGAAAAUAUUGGUAAGCAUUUCUGAGUUUAGAAAUUGCACCUCCAAUAAGCAAACAAGGAUUGUUUUAUGUAGGAUAUUUUUAAAUGUGGUGUGGAUGUGUGUUUUGAUACCAGUGUGUUAAUGCAGAGCCUUUAUUUACUCUUUAGUUUUUUUACUUGAAGGAAAAUGCAUUUUGCCCCAAAUGUUUUUUGCUAAGUUUGCUAAAGAAAAUGUAGACACAUCAAUGAAAAAUAAAAUGCUAUCCUUCUGUGGAAAAUGAAUACACUGAAUGGCCAUUUCUUUGGAGUGUAUUUUGAUUAUACCACUUUUUGAGGGAUAGCAAGCUAACGUAGUAGUGGUUUUUGUUAAUCAUGCAGUGUCCAAAGAAACAAAAGAGAUACGUCCUACUUUUUUACAUGUUAAAUUCCAGAAAUGUUGUUGUGAACUUACUUUCCCUUAAAUUAUAUAUAAACAUUGUGAUUCCAUCGGUUUUAUAUAUUGUUUUCACUGUAUGUUGAAACAUAAAAUUACAGAGUUUUUGGCAAAUGUUUACUGCCAGCUGGUGCAGCUGUAUAAAAUGUCUUGAAGGUUUGGAAUGAUUUAUUGCUUAUGGUAAAUUUUGCCUGAUUUCUUACAGGCAGACUUUGGAAACUUUUUAUUAUAUAGUUGUUUACAUACUUAUAAGUCUAUCGUAUAAAGACAUGUACUGAAACAAAUGUUUGUAUUUGUUUCAUAAGCAUCUUCCUGUAAUCUAUUAUAAAGUUGAAAUUAAAUAUAGAGAAUGUUUUAAGUUUUUUAACUCAAAAUUUGUCAAUCAUUUUUAAUAGUUCAUUUUUAUAAAAGGAAUUUCAGGGCAGGUGGUAGUCUUUUUAAAUUUAUUCACAAAACAAUUAACUGCACAAAUACUGUCAGCUGCCUAUUCUAAGACAGUAGUCUUUUUAUUGAAACACAAAUAAACUUUUCUGUAAUAUUUUAUGGAAUAUAAAGAGACUUUAAUUGUUUGAAUUGUUUAACCUUGGCACUGUUAGUUUUUAUUAAUAAAACGCGCAUGGGCAUUUUUAACAA